AUGAUAGAGACGAUGCAGGCGUAUAACGGAGGUUCUGACGCCAACCUCCUAGGCCGUGUCCUGCCCCUACAGCUAGAUGUAGGUCGUGUAUCUCUCUCUCCCUCUCUCUGCCCCCCUCUCUUUCUCUCAGCGGUGAAUGUCAUGCUGCGGAAGAUCGCUGUGGCCGCUGCCUCCAAGCCUGCGGUGGAGAUCCGGCAGGACGGGGAGUCGUUCUACAUCAAGACCUCGACCACAGUGCGGACCACUGAGAUCAGCUUCACUGUGGGGCAGGACUUCACCGAGCAGACCGUGGACGGGAGACCCUGCCUGAGCUCCCCUUGCUGGGACACAGACUCCCGAAUCCGCUGUGUGCAGACCCUGCUGAAGGGGGAGGGGCCCCACACCUCCUGGACCCGCGAGAUAACCAAUGAUGGGGAACUCAUACUGACGAUGAGAGCUGAUGAUGUGAUCUGCACCAGAGUGUACACGAGAGAGUGAGGAGAGAACAAGCAAGAACAAACCAACAACGAAGAGGAAACACUUUCAUUAGGAUCUGAAUCAAACUGGAACAGCAAGAUCUACCAGCUACCCCCCUCCUAUCACAGAGCCAUCCCUACACACUGACACACACACACACCACACACACACACACACACACACACACAGACACACACACAACACACACACACA